CGGAUGUAGUAGUAAAUCACGUGGCCAGAAGUGAAGCACAUUGUUUCGCGGCAUGUUUCAUAUUUGUGUUGAAUGAGAAGAAAGUUGUUUUCUUGCACAGUUGAUAUUUCCUAUUUUUAACUGGAACGAUCUUGCGCUCAUUGUAUGUGGAGAAAGAUAAAUACAUCACCAAUUGAGGACUUUUCCGUUUCGAGUUCAGUUCGUGUGUAAAUGGCUGGAAUUCUGUUUGAGGAUAUCUUUGAUGUGAAGGAUAUUGAUCCAGAUGGGAAAAAGUUUGAUCGAGUAUCUCGUCUUCACUGUGAAAGUGAGUCUUUCAAAAUGGACCUGAUCCUUGACGUGAACAUCCAGAUUUAUCCUGUUGAUCUCGGUGACAAGUUCAGACUGGUGGUUGCCAGCACGCUGUUUGAGGACGGGACGCCGGAUGACGGGGAAUACAACCCUCAGGAUGACAGACCGUCCAGGGCUGAUCAGUUUGAUUAUGUCAUGUAUGGAAAGGUUUAUAGGAUUGAAGGAGAUGAAACCUCAACAGAAGCGGCAACCUACGAACACGUGGUUGUUCAGCUUGACAGAGAAGAUGAAGGAAAUACCGAGUUAGGCAUGGAGGACAUGUAG